AUGUCGGCCAAACGACCGAAGCUUUUUAUUGGGAUCGAUUUUGGAACAACUUUCACUGGAAUCGCUUGGGCGAUAGAGGGAGCUGGUGAUGAUGAUAUGGAAGUGAUUAAGGAUUGGCCUGGACGAGGAAACAGUACCUCACAGAAGGCCCCAACUAUCAUUUCCUAUCAAAAUGACGAAGUUCGAUGGGGUUACCAAGUCGAUGAUAUGAAAGAGGCCAUUAAGGGUGUUAAGCUUUUGCUCGACACCAGCAAGGAGACGCAUUACAGAUCCAGUUAUGGACCAGCCAAGGAAAGCAGUCGUAUCCUGGACGAGAUGCGCAAAAAGCCCGUUGAUGUGGCUGGAGAAUAUCUGGGAAAGCUUGUAGCCCACCUUAAAUUUAUUCUGGAUCGCCGCGGCAUUGGAAGUGUCAUGAAGACAAUGGAUGUGCAAUACAUCCUCACUGUUCCCGCCGUCUGGUCUGACAAGGCCAAGGAUUUAACAAUGCAGGCUGCAUACCUUGCAGGAAUCCCAAGGGGAAACCUGGCUCUACUUUCGGAACCUGAGGCGGCAGCUGUCCAUGCGAUCCGCAUGAUCCAACCAAACUCAAUCGAAAAUGGUGACUGCUUUAUUGUCUGCGAUGCAGGUGGCGGGACAGUCGAUCUAAUCACGUAUCGAACAACACAGACAAGGCCCCUACGAAUGGAAGAAGUUACAGAGGGAACAGGUGCCAUAUGUGGUUCGACGAAGUUAGAUGACGCCUUCCAGGCCUUUCUCGUCGAGACGCUCGGGAAAAAGUACAAAUACCUGUCCGAUCAGGGUCGUCGAGUUGCAUUGCGUCGAUGGCAAGAUGAUGUGAAGCCCUUUUUCGCCGGGAAAGACGACCAGGAUGGUUUCCUGGACACAGGUUCCAUUGUACCACUUCCUGGAGUACCAGAUAUCCCGGAUAAGCAAAUUUACAGUGGAAUUCUUCAUAUGCCUUUGGAUGAGAUUGAAAAGAUUUUCGACCCUAUUGUGAGCCAGAUCGAAUCACUGGUCUCCGAGCAAGAGAUGAAGGCCAUAAAGGCUGGGUACCCACCCAAGGCCAUUAUACUUGUCGGUGGAUUCGGGAGCUCCGAAUAUCUCUACAAGCGCCUCAAAGCGAGUUUUGAGGGCAUCGAGAUUAUGCAACCUCGUGAUGCAUGGUCCGCCGUCGUUCGUGGCGCUGUUCUUCGAGGAUUGGAAGGAAAUCAAGUCAACAAUCGAAUAGCUCGAGCUCAUUACGGUAUCAAGCACUCUUCUAAUUUCGAUCCGAAUCGCCAUAAGGAGUGUGAAAAGGAAUGGUGCUCAUGGGAAGAAACGUGGAACGUUCAUGACCAACUCACGUGGUACAUUAAGAAAGGGAAGCCCAUUUCCGAGAAUACGCCCAUAAAAUUUCCAUUCUACCGGCUAGUGGAUCUAAACCACAAUAUGCUUUUCAAAGUUAAAUUGAAGAUUUGUUUUGAAGAGGAUGCCCCGGGUAAGAAGACACGAAGUGUCUCCUCUGUGUGUGAGCUUGAGUCAGACUUGAGUCGGAUACCAAAGUCUCUCUUUCACUUGCAUACUAACUCUGCGGGCAAGAAGUGUUACAAAGUGAAUUAUAAUUUGGUUCUUACACCUUGCUCCGCAUCGAUGAUAUUUGAGUUGGAGUUUAACGGAAUCAGUUAUGGCACAGUUCGAGCCAGCUACUUGUAG